GUCAAACUACGUACGAACGUCGCUGUGUACGCACGCUCGCGAGUGAAUUUGUGCCUCAGUUUAUUUUGUGUACAUCACGGAUUCAACAAUGCAUCUAAGCUCGUUACAAGUGUGCACGGCUGUGUUGACGCUGGCGUUGGCGGCGGCAGUGCCUGCCUCCACGCCGCACCACAUCGCCCGCCGGUCCUUCUUCAACCUCCAAUGUAAAGGUGUCUUUGACGCGGCGAUUUUCGCGCGCUUGGACCGCAUCUGCGACGACUGUUACAACCUCUUCAGGGAACCGCAGCUCUACAGUCUAUGCCGGUCAAAUUGUUUUACUACGCCCUAUUUCAAGGGUUGUAUGGAGUCUUUGUGCCUCAUGGACGAGGAGGAGGAGCUGGAUCAACUGAUCGAUUUCAUCGGCAAACGCUAAUAUCCAACUGACAUACAACAAUUCGCGCCAUCAUUUGACAUACCGCCAUCGGAAAAACGCGGGAAACAACCAUAGAUAACACAAAGUUAGGUAUAAUUAAAAGCUAAUGUUGCUAUUAAUUAUAUCAAACUCGUUCUGUGUUGCCCGCGUUUAAUAAUAUGAACAAUUAUUUAACAUUAUUAUUGAUAAUGUAUUAUAAAACUUUCAUUGCUUUGCGUACAAAAACAGAAUCGACAUGUCAAGUUCCUCCAGAUUUCUAUCCUCAACGUAUUCUAGUCUAUAUCGCAACAUAAAAUUAUUUAUGUUUGCAACUAAUUUUAAUGUUAUCAUAAUUUGUAUUAGAUAAUGUUUAUACAGUUUUAAGGACAUUUAUUUUGUGUUAAGUGUAAGCUUUUCGAGCUACGGGAGUGUAAAGUACAUUAAAGAUGAGUUUUAUAAUUAUGUCACCUAUUAGAAAAAAACAAAAAAAAAUCUUAGGCAGAUUAUCCUGGACGAUGCUGGUCAUCUUUUUAUCUGUCUUGAAAAUAUAUCUUCCCGACUGAGAUUGCUAUUAUUUUCGUAAUUAAUUAUGACGCAUUCCAUACACAGUAUUUUAUAAGGAUUACUUACGCUUUUUAUCUAAAAAGAUAUCAUUGUUUUACAUACCUACUAACGUGAAUUAUAGUAUUUUGUGUUUGUAUUAUGAUUGUAUUUUAUUUUUGUAUUAUACUUAGAUAGCUUCCUUAGUUCAUUUAGUUAGUUGUAUUUUGUACCUAUUCAUAAUUAUAUCGUUUAUCACACAGUGGCUUAUACAAUUUUAUGUACCUAUCUUUCAUUUGUAUUUCGCCUUUUAGUUUUAAUUUCAUGCAUUGUAUUUAAAUCAUUAUUUUAACUGUUAGAAUGCUCUUAUAUUUUCGACGCAUAGAAAGACCAUGUUGUAAAAUAAGUAAUAUUGUUAUGGUCAUAACACAACACAUUAUUUUGAAAAUAUGUCUAUUGGAAUAAAAUGAACUCUUAAUUAAUCGUUUAUUAGCUACACAAUACAGCCGGUGCUCCAUACUCAUUUGAAAAAGCAAAUUUUCUUGCCAUAGUAAAAACUACCAUAGAGCAUACCGUCGAAAAAGUUAAGUUUCAAUUUAGAAUUUAAAUUAGUCAUAAGUAUUUAUAAAGAUUUAUUUUUUAUAUACUUCCGACCUAUUUAUUUGUUACUAUUUACGUUUUAUUUAUAAUAAGCGGUAUUUUUGCAGCCGUAGAUAUUACCAGUGUUUUAAGAAAACUCAUUCAUUGAUUUGUUCUGGAUUUUAAUCUUUAAGUUGCGGUUAAUACUUAUUCUGUUAGAUCAGCGAACUCUUCUCUAUAAUUGAAUCUCAACAUUUUGUCUCUUUAAGCGUUUCUUAAAACUGCGGUUUUUUUUUUUAAGAAAGUAUAAAAUUGAUUAAAAGUGGUGCCAAUCUUAUAAACCCAAGAUGUUAUUGCAUAGGUGUAACGAAUUUAGCUAAUUAUAAACAAAUAUUAAACGAUUUAUAGGAACUGUGAAAUUAUUGUAAAAAUAUUGAUUUAUUUGUAAAAUAUUAAUCUAUUUGUAUACAUUUUAUAUGAAUCAGCUAAGAAACGCUACGGGUUCCAUGAAAUAUAUUACAGUAUGAAAAACAA